CCGGCUGCUUUGGGGUCACUGCUGCCAACUGGCAUCAGUCUUUAAUGAAUUAAGAGUUCUCUAAGAUUAGACACCAGCGUUUAUUUUUUCUCCUGUAAGCUCGCGGUGCGUGGAGGCUGGCUCUGAGUGCAGAGGGCUCUGGGAAUUGCCGGUGAAAGAUCCUUUUUAUUCUUGACCAGGGUGGCUGUGGCUCCCAGGGGAGAGACCCCUCAGGUGGGCUCUGGGUUCUACAAAAGCCUUUCCGUGCCUCUCGCAGGUUGGCUCCAGGCAUCCGAGGAAGGAGAACACAGUAUUAUUUUGGCUGAAGUGCUCAGCUCCAAGACUUUAUUUUGUUCCUCACAGCUUGGAGGGAUAUGAAGCCGAUUGGGAAAGUGCUUUGUGCUACAGGGAUUGUAGCUGGGAUCAUAACUUUCUUCUGGAAAGACGACUUUAACCCAGAGAGCCUGUCUGGCGCCCGUGUUCUCGUGACUGGAGCCAGUGCUGGGAUUGGAGAGCAGAUAGCAUAUCACUAUGCCAGAUUUGGUGCUGAAAUUGUGUUGACUGCCAGAAGAGAAGCUGUGCUGCAGAAGGUGAUGGAGAAAUGCUUGACACUCGGAGCAAAGAAAAUAUUUUAUAUCCCUGCAGAUAUGUCUUCCCCUUCAGAGCCUGAAAAGGUGGUUCAGUUUGCUGUCCAAAAGCUGGGGGGCCUGGAUUACCUCGUGUUGAACCACAUGGGCACGAACCGUUUCCAGGAGUGGACCGGGGAUGUGGAAUACACCCGCUGGCUCAUGCAGGUGAAUUUUUUGAGUUAUGUGGCUCUUGCAACAGCAGCUCUUCCCACCCUGGAGAAGAACAAAGGUGCUCUGGUGGUUGUUUCAUCCCUUACAGGGAGAAUGCCCACUCCCUUCACCACUUCUUACUCUGCCACCAAGUUUGCACUGGAUGGAUUCUUCAGCUCACUGCGCCAUGAGCUCGUCAUGCAGAAGAGAGAUGUGUCUGUCACACUCUGCAUCCUGGGCCUGAUUGAUACUGAUUCAGCACUGGAGCACACCAGGGGCAAAGUGCACAUCAGUGCCUCCCCUGCUCCCGAGGCCGCGCUCGCCAUCGUCCGGGGCGGAGCCGCUCGGGCACACGAGAUUUUCUACCCGCGGUGGCUGCAGCAGCUCUGCUGCCUCUGGGCUCUGUUCCCCAGCAGCGGGAACCACGUGCUCCGGACUUUCUACAACUACAGCAGUCCCUAGGGAGGCCCAGUCUCAUCCUGUAUCCCUUCUAGUCACAUUCCUGCCAUCCCACUGAGCAUCUCACUCCACCACUGGUGUCAAGCAGGAGCAGAGCAGCAGUGGUGGCAAAAUCCCCUUUUCCUAAGGUGACUCGUGGCCUCUCAUCCUGCUUCAGCCAUGGUUCUGCUGCUCCUACCCAUCAGUCAGAGAUCUUUCCCACUAUUCACUCUGCCUUAGCCCUCCUCCCAUCUCCCCUCCUCCUUCAGCCUGUCUGCUUUGACUGCACCCAGCCUUUUCUCAGCCCCAGCUUUAAUCCCUGUCCAUCUGCACAGGAUCUCCUGGAAUGUCUGUGCAUUCCUGGGACAUCCUCCUCCACUACUUCACUCCACUUUUGGAUUCCAUUAAUCCUCUUGCUUCCCCUAAGUAGAAUUUUAAUCUCUAUUUUAAAUAAACAAAUU